AUGGAAACAAGUAGAAAAAAUAGAAAAUGGUCAUUUUCUUUGACAUUGAUGAUUUUGAUAGAACCAUGCAUUUGUGAAUAUUUCGGUGACAAUAUAGACAAUGCUGGCCAUAUUCCAAUUAUAAUCAACACUUGGGCAUUCGAUCAGGCCAACGAAGCGGGUUGGUCAUUGUUAGAGAAAAAUGAAUCGUCAUUGAAUGCAAUUGUAGCCGCAUGUUCUAAAUGUGAAUACCUUCAAUGUGAUCAUACCGUAGGUUGGGGCGGUAGUCCGGAUGAAAAUGGAGAAACAACUUUAGAUGCGAUGAUAAUGGAUGGUGUCACACAUCGAAUUGGUUCAGUGGCUGCUUUACGUCAAGUGAAAAAUGGGAUCUCGGUCGCCAAAGCUGUUAUGGAACAUUCAUCGCAUACGAUGUUGGUGGGAGAUCAGGCGACAGAUUUUGCCAUUGCAAUGGGAUUCUCUAAGGAAAGUCUUUCAUCUGAUUGGUCUAUUGAUCAAUUCGAAAAAUGGAAAACGCGUGGUUGUCAGCCAAAUUAUUGGAAAAAUGUUCACCCAAAUCCUCGGAACUAUUGUGGACCAUAUAAACCUCAAGAUUUAAAUGAAUUUCAUCAUGACAAUAAAUUCCUCUAUAAAAUUGUUGAUCGCAACAAUCAUGAUACAAUUGGUGCUGUAGCAAUCGAUCGCCAAGGUAGAAUAGCAUCUGGAACAUCUACUAACGGUAUGAAUCAUAAAAUUCCGGGUCGAGUUGGUGAUAGUCCGAUCCCUGGAGCUGGUUCAUAUGUCGAUCAAGAUGUAGGAGGAGCCGCUGCUACAGGUGAUGGUGACAUUAUAAUGCGUUUCUUGUCCAGUUAUCAAGCUGUUGAAAAUCUUCGUAAUGGUAUGGAUCCAAUUCAAGCUGCUAAUGCCGCACUUGGGCGAAUCAUUCGAAAAUAUCCUAAAGCCCAAGUAGGAAUCGUGGUAUUGGAUAUUCACGGAAAUUACGGGGCUGCUUGUUUGAACAUUGAUGGUGGAUUCCCAUUCAUUGUGCGAAGUUGGGCUGAACAAUCAAAACAUUUGGUCAAAUGUGUUAGCACUACUGAUUUUGAACCAAAUUCAAUUAUUUCGAUAAAAUCAGAUUUCAGACUUACUUUUUUUAUUUCAUUUUAUACAAUUAUUUUAUUUGAGUUUUUAUUCUGAAUUUAAGUUAUUCGUACAUGAGAAUUUUGACUAUCAAAAUUGAAUAAACAUUCCGGGUAUUUUGGUGCAUUCAAA